UAAUCAGGUAAUGCUAAAAACAUCUGAACACACUUUGACCAGGCAGCCUCCUGUUUACCCAGCAGACAUGCCGAGUGUCCGUGUCGUCUUUGCAAUGCAACACUGCCAUCUAUGGAUAAGGGUUACAUUCCGCCGCUCACUGUUUAUCCUGCAUCACGUUGCCGCCUGUGUGCGUCCAGACGCAGCCGCCUGGACGCGCCUGUCAUCUGGAGGAAACUCCUCCCCGCAGACAGCGCGUCCUGUCGCCUUUCCAGCGCAAUGGUCUCCUGGAUCAUCUCUAGACUUGUGGUACUCGUGUUUGGUACACUAUAUCCUGCAUACUCAUCUUAUAAAGCUGUGAAGUCGAAAGAUGUGAAAGAAUAUGUAAAAUGGAUGAUGUACUGGAUCAUAUUUGCCCUGUUCACUGCUGUGGAAGUGUUUACAGAUAUGUUUCUUUGCUGGAUUCCUUUCUACUAUGAACUGAAGAUAGCCUUUGUGGUGUGGCUGCUGUCCCCUUACACUAAAGGCUCCAGUGUGCUAUACAGGAAGUUUGUUCAUCCCACGCUUUCCUCAAAAGAAAAGGACAUUGAUGAGUAUAUCUGCCAAGCGAAGGACAAAAGCUAUGACACAUUGGUGCAUUUUGGGAGAAAAGGGCUGAAUGUUGCCGCCACAGCUGCAGUCAUGGCUGCAACAAAGAGCCAAGGGGUCCUGUCAGACAGGCUGAGGAGUUUCAGCAUGCAGGAUCUGUCUUCCUAUCAGUCUGACCCCGAUAACACCGCCCCUGGCACUACGCAACCUGCAGCAGCACAGCAUCGGACCCGAUCUAUGAUGCGCAGCAAGUCGGAGAGCUACAACAAGGGACAGGAUUUUGACAUGACUGAGUAUGAGGUGUUGGGGUUGGACCGCUGGGACUCCAAGGAGUUGCCGUCCCAGACCAUUUCACCCUCUGAGUCUGAGUCCGCACCCGUUACGCCCUCACUGACACCCAAGUCCUCCCCACCCCCCACACCCUCUCCACCCCCCUCUCCUCCUCCAGUUCCGGAGCAGGCUGAGGAGGUGGGCAAAGGGGUGCAGGAAGCAUCAAGCUCUCCACAGCUCAGGCUGAUUAAGAGGAAGGCUCCUGAGCCUCCUCUUAAAGUCUUAAGGCCUCUCACAAGAUCCAGGAGUGCUCUUUCUUCAAACAAUGAAGCCAUGUGAAACUGUCCUAAAGACUCCUCCAGCUGCCUUUGCUGCAAGAAGUGAAAACACUGAAUGGCCAAAAGCUACAUGACUGAAGCAGCCUUGCUUUGGAAUAAGGUAUUACCAAAGUGACCUAUGAUGACCCCUCUAUAUAUACACAGUAUCUCAUGGCUCAUGAUUUAAAAACAGUGAGGUUUGUGACACUGAGAUAGUACAAAUGAAUGAAUGGGCUCCAUGCUGAUAGACACUUUGAGUUAGUGGGUUAUUGAAUAUGUAUUUAUGUACAGUUUGUGUGUUCUUCAUCAUUCUGAUUUGAUUGUUUUUAUGUAUCAGGUUGGGGUAGGCAAUCGCAUGCGUGUCUUCCCAGUCAUUAGUCCACUGUUAUUCAACAGAAUGUACUGUCACUGUCACUGUUAGAGAAUGUGUGAAAAGCCAAGGAUCAAAAGAAAAGGCGUUGCUGUUUUUACCCCCAUUUAAUCUCCUCUGGAGAAAUAUCUGUGAGUAGCUGAAUCUGCACUGAUUAUCACAUUAAGGUAUUCAGAAAUCACCUAAAAACAUAUUCUUAGAUGAGACAACCUACCUUUUGUGAUCAUGAAGAGUCAGACAGCAGUGGCAGACAAUAUUCUGUUAUUUACCUCUCUAUUAAAGCCUUAAAGAAAGACAUAGCAGAAAUCUAAAAUGUCUCCACACAUAAGAAUUUAUUACACAACUAUGUUCUCAUUAAACAAUCAUUUUGCACUAUGUUUAGAAUAUUAAAUUACUGCCCUCAGUACUCUGAAAUGGCCAAAAAUCAGAUUAAAUUAGUAGCUGAAUAUUAUCAACUAUAAUAACUUUAUUGUUAUUGCUCUGUUCUUCUGUGGUAAAGAAAUAAUUACUUGUGUGACAAGUCAUAGCUUUCGCAACACAGAAAAAUGAAAUCACUACUGCAAGAGUUUUCCUCAAUGGAGCAGACUGUUUUUGACAAUCUACUGUUCAGUUUGUGAGCAUGUUUUGUCAUUUAAUUGACAAUUUAUUUGGCAAUUUGAGGCCGAUCAGGCACAACAUUAAAACCACUGACAGGUGAAGUGAAUAGCAGUUAUCAUCUCAUGCAAUGUUGUGCUGGGAAACUGAGUCCUGGCGUUCAUGUGGAUGCAACUUGACAUUCACAACUCACCCAAACACCGUUGCAGAUGAAGUAUACUCCCACAUGGCAAUGCCAAACGCAGAUGGCAGUGCUCAAGGAAUGUGACAAAGAGCUCGAGGCGUCGACCUAGCCUUCAGAUUCCCCAGAUCCCGACCUGAUCGAGCACUCAAGGGACAUGCCAGUGCUCCAGAGGUCCUAUGUCCAUGCCUCGAUAGGUCAGAACCAAGUCUGAUCCACUGUGGGACCUCUGACCAGUCGAGACAUGGUCUGAUCCCUUGAGUCCUGUUGGUUGCCAGGUGGGGUACCGGCAUAUCCCACAGAUGAUCGAUCAGACUGGGAUCUGGGGAAUUUGAAAGCUAGGUUGAUGCCUUGAGCUCUUUGUCACAUCCCUCGGGUCAUUCCUGAGCAAUGUUUGCAGUGUGGCAUGACACACUGUCCUGCUGGGGGGCACUGCCAUUGGGGGGGUAAAGUUUCCUUGACAGGGUACACUUGGUCUGCACUGGUGUUUCGGUAUAUGUCAAGUUGCAUCCGCUUGAAUGUCAGGACCCAAGGUUUCCAAGCAGAACAUUGCACCGUGACAAGAUAAUCAAUGUUAUUCACUUCACCUGUCAGUGGUUUUAAUGUUGCGGCUGAUCGGUGUAUGUUACUUUUCAGCUGUAGCAGAGAUAGACUAUAACAUGAAUAAAUACUUACUGUAUCUAAACAUGGUUCUUUUUCCAUGUUUGAAAUCACUGUGUAGUGCUCUGCUGUUAACUGAGCAACACUAAACCCAACGAUCUUACCUUCUACUUUUUUUUAGGAAUUCAUUAGAGGGAGUUUGUCGGUUUGCAGGUUUACAAACUUAAAUCUAAGUUAAUAUUGCAUGGUGAUACACUGUAUGUUUCCAUCCUGUACUUAAUUCACUGAGCCUGAAUCAUAGCGACAUUUUACACAAAGUAUCACUGUGUUGGUUGUUGACGGGUGGACUCCUGCUGUAGACUUAUAAUUUCCAUCAUUGUAUCUGUAUCAUUUAGGGUGGUCUGAAGUUUGAAACAAAAGCUUCUCAGGUACAACUGUUCUGUUUACACGUCCAUCACUCUGAUGUUGUAGAUACACUUGUUAUGCACAUGAAAUGUCCUUUUACUGGAUAAAUGGUGAGAAAAAAAGAAACAGGAAAAAUCAGAGUAUGUGUGUUCAGCGUUAGUAGUAUCAGUGUUAGUGCUGGAGGUGAUUUCCUUCUGUUAAAAUUCAUGCAAAGUAAAAUGGAGAAAAAAAAACCAUGUUGCUAAGUAGCAGAUUUGUAUACUUGUGCGUAGACUGAUGAACUCAUCAUUGCAUGAUGUUUGUUAUGAUUUGUAUGAAAAUUGGAUUUCUUGAAUGAUUUUGUUCGGAUGCCUUGCUGGUAAACGAUGAAUUAUGUUGUCAUUUUUUGUUGCUUUGUAGAAAGAAUAUGAAAUGUUAUCUAUGUUGGCUUUACAUAUAUAUAAAUAAUGUCUUAUUUACCGAUAAAUUAACCACUUUGACUUUAUUCAUGACUAAAAACCACUUAAAUUAUCCUAAGAAAUUUUGUUCUGGCAGGCCAGAAUGUCAAAUUACUUAAAUUUCAACCUGAACAAAAAGCAAAAAGCAGUGAAAUGAUGACAUGAUGGUCCAUGGCUGUCAAUUUAUCGUUCUACUAGGUUAAAUAUUUCUGUUUAAAUCGAUUUACAGCCAUUAAAUAUGAAGCAAAACUUUGUGUG